AUGGAGGAUCAAGCGGGCCUUCUUCAAGAUGCUCUCGGGGUCGUGCGGCAGCAAACGGCCCUGAUGCGCAAAUGCCUCGAAACUCCGGGGAAGCUUAUGGAUGCCCUUAAAUGCAGCUCAACGUUAGUUUCCGAACUGAGGACUAGCUCCCUGGGGCCGAAACAAUAUUACGAGCUCUAUAUGGCUGUCUUUGAUGCUCUGAGACAUCUUUCAGUUUACCUAAAAGAGAGUCACCCGGUGAAUCAUCUGGCAGAUCUAUAUGAGCUUGUACAGUAUGCCGGAAACAUUGUUCCACGUUUGUAUCUUAUGAUUACCGUCGGGACAGUAUACAUGUCGAUUGAGGAUGCGCCGGUAAAGGAGAUAAUGAAGGAUAUGAUGGAAAUGAGCCGCGGCGUACAGCACCCUAUCCGAGGGCUUUUCUUGAGAUAUUAUCUAUCCGGACAAUCACGUGAUUCUCUUCCCACAGGGACAAGUGAAGGACCGGAAGGAAAUUUUCAGGAUUCUAUAUCCUUUAUUAUUACUAAUUUUAUCGAAAUGAACAAGCUCUGGGUCCGUUUACAACACCAGGGGCACUCCCGGGAACGCGAUAAGAGAAUCCAAGAAAGAAAAGAGCUUCAGCUUCUUGUUGGAAGCAAUUUGGUCAGGCUAAGCCAGCUUGUGGACCUUGAGACUUACAAAAAUAUCAUCUUAGCACCAUUAUUGGAGCAAGUUGUACAGUGCCGUGAUGUUUUAGCUCAAGAAUAUCUCCUUGAAGUAAUUACUCAGGUUUUCCCUGAUGAAUUUCAUUUGCACACUCUGGAUCAAUUUCUUUCCGCUACAGCACGGCUCAACCCAAAUGUCAAUGUUAAAGCUAUUGUCAUUGGUAUUAUGGAUCGCUUAUCGGCAUAUGCAGCUCGGGAAGCCGAAUCCGAAACUCCCGAAGAGAGACUAAGGAAAGAAGAGGAAGCUGCUGUGAGAUUGCUUGAAAAACUAAGUCUCAAAGCAGCAGAGAAAGCCGAGGAAAAGGCUUCCACAGAAGUUGAUGGGAAUACAAAACCUGCCGCGGAAAAUGGUGAUGAUGACGCAACUCUGGCUUUGAAGGAUGAUGAUCAGACAACAAUAGCUGCAUCUGAAGGUAAUGAGCAUCAGGAAACUCGAGGCGAGGACAAGGGCAAGAAUGAUGGUGAGGACACAGAGUCAGCAUCCGGUAAACCUGCAAGGGGAAUACCGGAAGACGUAAAGCUUUACGAGAUCUUCUACGAGCAGGUUUUGAACCUGGUGAAUGCCCAAAACCUACCAAUUCAAGAUAUUACAGCGCUUCUGGUGUCAUUAUCGAAUUUGGCAUUGAAUGUCUAUCCCGACAAACUAGAAUAUGUCGAUCAGAUCUUAGCAUACACCCAUCAAAAGGUGUCUGAAAUGGCCAACAGUGCGGAUCUACACUCUGCACCAUGCCAGCAGAAUAUUCUUAGCAUUAUGCUUGCCCCAGUCAAGUCAUACGCAUCUCUUUUUACCGUGCUUGCGUUACCAAGCUAUGUCCCCCUCUUACACGCACAGUCUUACCCCACUCGACGCUCAGUCGCUGGCACAGUCGCUCAAAACAUACUCAAAAACCAAACCCAGAUUUCUACCCCUGAGCAUGCUGAAGGAGUGUUCGAACUUUUACGCGUUUUGAUCCGUGAAGGUGCCCAACAAGCUCAAGGAUACCCUGGAGUUCAAGCCCCUCGAAAGAGAGAGGCCGAGACCGAUGAGACGGUAGAAGAGCAAGGACGACUAGCAAGAAUUGUUCAUCUGCUAUACAACGAGAACAAUGACACUCAGUUUAAGCUCCUCCAAGCCGCCAAAAAGGCCUUCGCUGAAGGUGGUGAAAGAGUGCGCUACACAACCCCUGCUCUCAUCACCGCUGGCAUCAAGCUCGCCCGUCGCUAUAAGACCCGCGAGCAUUACGACGAUGAAUGGCAGACAAUGUCGGCUGCACUCUAUAAGUUUCUCCACCAGAGUGUAUCUGCGCUUUACGCCCGAGUUGGUAUUCCGGAUCUGUGCCUCCGCUUGUUCCUCCUCUGCGGACAAGUAGCAGACCAAACUGAGUUUGAGGAAGUUUCAUAUGAGUUUUUUGCGCAAGCGUUCACUGUUUAUGAGGAAGCUAUCAGCGAUUCUCGCGCUCAGUUCCAGGCGGUAUGCGUCAUUGCGAAUGCUCUACACUCGACAAGAAACUUUUCAAAAGAGAAUUACGAUACACUCAUCACAAAGUGUGCUCAAUAUGGCAGUAAGCUUUUGAAGAAACCAGACCAGUGCCGUGCAGUGUACCUUGCUAGUCACCUCUGGUGGGCUGUCGAAAUCGCGGCUAGAAAUGAAGAUGAGAAGACGCCACUAUACCGGGAUGGAAAGAGAGUACUUGAGUGCCUCCAACGUGCGCUCAGGGUUGCAGAUGCGUGCAUGGAUACAGCAGUUAGUGUAGAGUUAUUUGUAGAGAUUCUUAAUCGUUAUGUGUACUACUUUGACAGACAGAAUGAGGCCGUCACGGUGAAAUAUCUCAAUGGUCUCAUUGAGUUGAUCCAGAGCAACCUUAGUGCGAACGACAGUUCCACGACCGAGACGCCGAGGAAGCACUUUGAAAGAACUUUGGACUAUAUUGCAUCAAGGGAGUUUGAGGGGGUGAUUCUUGACCCGAAAUGA